UUUUCCCCACAUGUCCAAAUCCCUCUUCUUCUCUUCUCUUAGUUUCCUCUCUCUUUCUCUCAAAGCAGAACAACAAGUUAUGGACAAUUUCCAAAAACUCAACCUUCUCUCUAUCUCUCUAACCAUAAUCAACCUCUCUCUCACUUUCGCCACCGAAUUACCCUUCCUAGAAGUGAAAUAUCCUAACAACAACAUUUUACUACGGUCGACACCGACCAAGAACCAGUCAUCGGGUCUACCAAGUCGGGUCGGGUCAGAUGAGUGCCGGGUCUGGACCCAAGCAUGUUCGGAAGAGAUUCUCCGGCUGGCUUACGAGCCAGAGAACGUGGCGUGGCUCAAACGCGUGAGGAGGACGAUCCAUGAAAACCCAGAGCUUGCGUUUGAGGAGUACGAGACGAGUAGGCUUGUUCGGACCGAGCUGGAUCGUUUGGGUAUCCAGUAUAGGUAUCCGUUAGCUAAAACGGGUAUUCGGGCUUGGAUUGGAUCCGGUGGCCCGCCUUUUGUUGCUGUUCGGGCUGAUAUGGACGCACUUCCUAUUCAGGAAUUGGUGGAAUGGAAACACAAAAGCAAAGUUGCUGGCAAAAUGCAUGCUUGUGGUCAUGAUGCACAUGUCACUAUGCUUCUUGGUGCUGCCCAUAUUCUUAAGUCUCGUGAACAUCUUCUCAAGGGAACCGUGGUUCUGUUAUUCCAACCGGCAGAAGAAGCUGGAAACGGCGCGAAAAAGAUGAUCGAAGACGGAGCUUUGGAUGAUGUGGAGGCUAUCUUCGCCGUCCAUGUUUCCCACGAUCAUCCAACGGGUGUGAUUGGGUCUAGGAGUGGUCCUCUGCUCGCCGGAUGUGGAAUUUUCCGGGCGGUCAUCAAUCUGGAGGAGAGCGGCGGCUCCGCUGAUCUUAUUCUUGCAGCUUCUUCCGCGGUCAUAAGCCUCCAAGGAAUUGUAUCCCGUGAAGCUAGUCCACUUGAUGCUCAGGUUGUGUCGGUAACUUCAUUUCAAGGCGGUCACAGUCUAGAUGUGGCGCCGGACACGGUGGUUCUCGGAGGCACUUUUAGAGCUUUUUCUAACUCAAGCUUCUACUACCUUAUGAAGCGUAUUCGAGAGGUACUAGUGGAACAGGUUGAGGUAUUGGGUUGCACAGCUACAGUGAACUUCUUUGAGAAGCAGAACGCGAUCUACCCGCCAACCACAAACCACGACGCAAUGUACAAACACUUAAAGAAAGUUACCGUUGAUUUGCUCGGUGAUAACCACUUUGCUAUAGCUCCACAGGUGAUGGGCGCUGAAGAUUUCGCCUUCUACUCAGAGAUCAUCCCGGCCACAUUCUACUUCAUUGGCAUAAGAAAUGAAGAGCUCGGAUCAGUCCACAUUGGUCAUUCACCACAUUUCAUGAUCGAUGAAGGCAGUUUACCGGUUGGCGCUGCAGUUCACGCGGCCGUGGCCGAGAGAUACUUAAAUGAGAAAUGUUCAUAAGAAUAAAGACAAUCAUCCCAAAACAUUUUCGGGUGCUUUUGAUUUAGAUAUUACAUAUAUUAUUAAUCCAUCUUUGCUUUCGAAUAUGUUUGUGAAAAUUAGGCUUUUUUGUUUUUCUUUCUUUUAAACGUGUAAACAGUAUAUAUAUAAUGUCGUGAUCUUUAUUAGUGUUAUGCAUUUCGGUCAAUUUUGUU